AUGCCUCGCUUCAGUCCCGUGACUGUCACCUCUACCGUCGUUGAGACGGAGACGAGGACGGCAACACAGCGAGCCACUGUGGUGGUUGUGGAGAUUGAGGUGUCGACCGUUGUCUCUACGAGCGAGGUCGUCAUCUCCACAGCAGCGACACAGACGGACAUCGUCUGGGAGACGAUAACAACAGAAGUUGCCAAGAGAGAUGUUGCCCCUACGGAUACACCAUCACCAGAAGGUCGUCGAGCGGCACUGUCCUCUUCGCGGGGACCCGGGGCGCCUGUUAAAAGGGGACCUUCCGCUCCUAUGACUGCUACCACUGGGCUCUCUCGCUUGCCGAAACAAGCAAGGCAGGAGGCUCCGACUGUUACGGAAUAUGUCACCGAGACUGUAGAAACGACGAACGUGUCUACUGUGCUGGUAACCGUUUUUAGGACCUCUACUUCGGUGACCACUUUCGUACAAGUCGAAACCCGCGUUCUCGAAGCCGAGGUCACAACAACCAUCACAUCCACCAUUACCUUCACCACGCGACCUCCAUCUACCGUUACCAUCACCUCCACAGCCGACAUCGUCCCCCAACCAACCGCCUCUGAAACAGACUCCUCCGAAACCCCUCCGUCCUCCGGCCAGCAAACCCCGCUCUCCACCCCCGCCAUAGCCGGUAUAGCCGCUGGUGGUAGCGUUCUCGCUAUCUUCUUAGCAGGCUUCAUAAUCCUCUCUGUCCGACGUCGAUGCUGUCUCCAUCGCAGCAAAGAGUCCACCGCAGGCUCGGUGACGCUCGACAACUUUUACUACAACAGCCAUCACAACAGCAGCAGCAACAACGACAGCUAUGGUCAGUCACAUUACCACCAACAACAUCGGCUGGACGAAAAUGAAACGCUGUAUGGCGUAGCUGGGACUAGACCAGGGACUAGAAGCCGUAGCAGCACCAACACUGCCGUCGCUGGGCCAGCGGGAGUGAGGACCAGUUUUGGGAACGGGCGAAGGAGCCGUGAUGAGAGCGGGAUGGGUAAAACCCCGCCGGGCAUGGGCAUGAUGAUAAGGCAACCGACCUUACCGCAAAUCUCGCCACCGUUACCGCAGUUUUCGAUGGAGUCCUCGGCUGCGGCGCAUCAUGCUGAGGAGUACAAACUGCCUGUUUCUAUAUCGGGCGUUGAUGGUGCCAAUAAUACUGCGGCACAACACGGAGACCAAGCCGGGGAUAUUGCUAGCAGCAGUGGUAGAGCGACCGAGGAUAUGCGGAACCCGGGAGGCGGUGGUAGUGAUGGUAUCAGUGAUGGUUACUUGACCGUUGGGUAUGGGCAUGGACAGGGACAGGGACAAGGCCGUCCACAUCAUCACGACAGAAACGAAUCCGGCUAUACUACCCUCGUAGGCACGCCCUUGCACGAAUCACCCGCAACCUCACCCGCUACCGUUGUUAUCACUGAGGACACGACCGCACCACAACACCAAAGGCGCGUGGAGUUUGUCGGAGCCCAAGGCGAUUCCCCAGAUGCCCGCCAUGGCACACACAACACUCGCCUCCAACGUGAAAGCGGCCGCAGCAGCGGCUUUGUCAGCCCAUUGACAAGCCCUCCUGGGAGUCCCUUCCGAAGCCCACCAGACGACGACGGCCUCCACAGCACUCCCUAUAUCGUCAGUCCAUUUACGAGCCCUCACCCCUCGCCCCUCAGCAGCCCUGGCUUAGCACCGCUGGGCCAGGUAGCGCAGGCCGCGCAGGCGGGGCAAAGGCCGACCUACCAAAUGAGACGAAGCAUGUCACCAACCUUUCGGCCCCCGGUGUCCGUCGGUGACGAAAGCUUACAACAACAGCAUCGUCAACGAGCAUAUUCCACCCCUCCCUCUUCUCUUGGUUACCCAGCAGCUCCUGUGAUACCUACCAUCACCAAGUUCCAUGGGGAUGCGGACCCGACCACAGGUGCGACUUCUGGCCCUUAUCCAAACCCGGAUGCGAGUCUGGGGGGAAAGUCUCAAAGACCCGCGGCUGUGAGGUAUUCCCGUGACCGGGCCGCGACUGUGACCGUUGCGAUGGGCGAGUUGGAAGGAGAUGCGAUUGCUCGAGCUGAGUUAGCUGGGACCGGACCUGGGUAG